AUGCCGGGACCACCCUGGUCAGCGGGUACGAGGAUGUUCAGCUCGGUGGAUGACUCCUCCGAUAGCAGCGACACGAGCAGCGAGUGUUGGAACCCGCGUUCACCCGGACAACAUAGUAUUGGUAGUCGUCCCUCCGGGGGCGAUGUGUCUCCGAGCAAGCUGGCCUUGCCUGCUCUGGCUACAGCCCUGCGUGCUUCAAGAGCUCGAGCGGCCGCGGCUCAGGCGAAAGCUUCUCGCAAGUACCGCUUGCUCUGCGCCAGCUUAGCCGCCCAAGCGUCAAAAGCUGCUCACAGCGGACAUUACCCUUGGCACAGGUUGCUGGAGGAGACGGGACGCCUACGCGACUCCCUGAAAGUCGCUCGCAAGGGAGAGGAAAGAGCGAACCGCUGCGAGACGGAGCUGGCCAAGAGCGAGACCCGCGCACGCGAGCUCGAGAGUGACAACCGACGGCUCCGACGCGAUCUAGACGGGGCCAGGCUUCGGACCAGGCAAAACGAAGCCAAGGCGCGCAGCUCCCUCUCGACCCUUAGGGCUUCCCUGGAAGACCUCGAUCAUGAGCAGAGGGCAAGAUGCAAGCGCUGGAGAGCAACAACACGGUCUCAGAGAGCGCUCCUCGAGUCUCUCCGGCGGCACGUCCAGCGCGGCCUCCACUCGGCCCCGUCCUUCACCGCCUUCCAGCUCAUCGAGCAGAUCUUCGGGUGCCUCGAGACCCUGGAGUCGGACGCGCAGCUCUCCCCCGCGCGGCGGCGGAGACAACGCUCGCCCUCUGCCGCUUGUUCGCCCCCGGCUGACCCUUCGCCUCCCCAUCGUAGGGGAUCGCCGAAGCGGUCGCCGCACGUCGCCGCCGCCGCCGCCGGCCCGCGGGUCACGGUGAAAGGGCUGACGCCGAUACCGUCUGGUGUAUCGGAUCGGUUAGACGACGAGGAGGCUACUGAUCUACGUACAGGGCGAGGGAGAAGCUUGCCCGCGGCGAUCGAUGGCGGCGGCGGUGGCGGCGGCGGUGGCGGUGGCAGUGGCGGGUAUUUUUCUUCCGACGGCGACGGCAGCGGCGGCGGAAGCAGCGGUAGCCAAGAGGACUUCCAGGCCCAGGAGGGGGGGGGAGGGAGAACGACGGCGCGGUUUUCAACGGAGUGGGCGUACCGCCUGGCGGUAACCAAGCUUACCGCACAGCUCAAGGCGACGAGGGAAAGGCUGCACGGAGAGAAGGAGGCGGCGAGAUCGGCGGGCGAUAGGGUUGAGCAGGAGGAGCUGCGGUGUCGGCAACUGGAACUGGAAGUCGAAGGCUUGUCCUCGAAGGUCGCCGCCGCGGACGGCCAUCGUCGUAGGCUGGAAGCCAUGCUCAAGGAGACAAAGCGAGAGCGCGACGCGUUGAGGCGAAGACAGAACAGCACGGCUGCCACGCAGACGCUCAGCGCAGCGCUCGGCAUCCUCCACCAACGUCAGGCGUCGUCAAGUCCCGCGUAUCCCCCUGCACCCCAACCGCCACCGCCGCCGCCGCCGCCGCCACCAGCAGCAUUUGCCGCUACCCCCCAAGCACCGGUGGCGGCGACCCCGCCUACCCCUCAAGCCCCGGCUGUCUAUCCGGCAACGGGGAGCGAAGCGCUCUACAACCACGGACGGGAUGCGCCACGGUUGGAGCCCAGCGCGCUGGCCUCCGCGUGCAGCCCCGAUGGUGACGGCGCGUGGUGGGAAGGUGGCGAGGGCGCCGGCGUCGAGCGGCGCCACGGCCAGCGGCAUCAGCCCCAGCAGCACACCGCCGCACCCGACACAGGGGACGGUUUUCCGGGGUCUCCGGCGGCCCCCGCCGUCCGCGGAGGCGCCGAAAGAGAGCCACCCCGCUCCGCGCGGCACGCCGAGGGCGCCGGGGUUGGCGGCCGCGAGCUACUCACUCGAAGGGACAUCCAGAGAAUCGUGGACGACGCCGUCAUGAAUGGCACCGGGAGGAGAGGGGCGGGCGACGGCGGCGGGGGCGAUGAUGUCGCCGGUGUUGGCGAUUCGCGUGCCGCCGGUGCGGAGCUACCGGGGGUCGGGUACAGAUGGCGGGACACGGCGCUGGGCUACGGUACUAGCUCGCUUCUCGGUGGCGGUGGCGGUGGCGGUGGCGGUGGAAGAAGAUCUGCGGCGGCGGCGGCGGCGGCGGCGGCGACGGCGGCACCGACGGCCGCCGCCGCGUUUUCGGGACGCCGGAGGGACACCGCGUGGCUGUCAAGCCGGCCCCCCAUUACCGCUAUCGGCAGAACACCGGCAGAACGCGGGAUCGGUGCCGGUGCUGCACGGGUGGGCGGACCCCCGCCACGGCCCAAAGCCACCAACAGCGAGGUUGGCGGCGGCAAGAAUGGUGGGGGGGGUUCCGUGAGGUUUGGGGGGGGGUCUUCGCUUGGGCCUCGCGCGGUGACCCGGGAGGAUCUGACCAGGCUGGACAACGAGAUCGCGAACCUGAGCAAGACGGUCGAACAGGCGGCGAUGGCGCAGACGCGACAGAUCUUGCGAAACGUAGCCGACUAA